GUUAGAAGUGACGAAUAGCUUUUUGCUUUGUAUUUUUGUCUGCGUUCUAUUUUCCGUUUAUAUUUAAAAGAAGAUUGUUGCAGAACAAUGACUGAUGUUAAGGAAACGUCGUGUAGGCUUUGCCUUAAAAAUAUAACCGAUGGAACUUUUGAAGUGAUGAACGACAUUUUCAGAGAUAUUCUACAUGUUCUUUUGCUGAAAUUGAAAUUUGAUGAUGAGAGCAAAGAGGUAAUAUGUAACAUUUGCAGAAGAAAGUUAAAUACAGCAUUAAAAUUUAAGUCGACGUGUUUGAAUACCGAUAACACAGUUAUUCAAUAUGCAGACAGCGAAAAAAUGUUACAGCUCGAAUUAAGAGAAGUGUACAUGCAGGAAAAGAAAAGUGAGUUAGUUUGCAGUCGGAAAAUAUGUCGAUUGUGUAUGCAGCCCGUAGAGAGGGAGUUUAGGUGCAUAAGUGAAGAUGAACUCCAAGCUAUUGAGAAAUUGAUACCUGAAAUGUAUAUAAAUAUCAUCAAAGAUUCCGUUGUUUGUAAGCCAUGCUUCGAUUCUCUGUGUACUCACAACAGUUUCCUAAAAGAUUGUUCAGAGGUAGAAGAAAAAAUUAUAAGUAUUUUUGAUAGUUCAGCCACAGAAAGUCAGAUAGAUACGUCUCCACUCGAUUCAUUGGUUAAGACUGAAAACUUGGACAAAGAAUUCGAUAUUAAAGAGAUGGAAAUGUCAAUCAAAACUGAAAGUAUCGACAUAAAAUCGGAAGAUGUGGAAAGAAGCGACACGCCACUUCAGACCUACGAUAUUGUACCAUUCGAGGAGAGUGACUGUAAAAAUAAAGAAGAGCAUGGAUGUAAACAUGAGAAUGGAUCGGAAGUGAAAACCAGGCAGGAUUGCAAAGUAUUGUACAAAUGUGAUAAAUGUAUCUACGAAACUGAAAGUGAGAUCCGUUUUACGGGAUAUGAGAAGGAUUUGGAAGCACAUGAAUGCGAAUCGUGUGAGUACGAAACUGCAAAUAAAAAAUUACUUCAGAAGCACCUGUUGAAGCAUAAAGAUUCUUUGCAGAUUCAAAUGUACAGGUGUAACGAUUGCGAUUUCAAUACUAGAUACACCAGUCAUUUCAAACGCCAUCAACUAACACAUAAACAUCCUUUAAAGGUUCAGAUGUACAGGUGUAACGACUGCGAAUACAAAACUAAGUACAAGAAUGCUUUCCAACGGCAUCAACUGAAACAUAAAGAUCCUUCGCAGGUUCAAAUGUACAAGUGUAACGAGUGCGAUUACAAAACUAAAUACAACGGUCAUUUCAAACAGCAUCAACUGAAACAUAAAGACCCUUCACAGGUUCUAACGUACAUGUGUAUUGACUGUAAUUACAAAACUGUAUACAAGAGAUAUUUGACACAGCAUCAAUUGAAACAUAAAGAUCCUUCACAG